AAUGAACGGCAGGAAUACAUCGAUUUAAAAUUAAGCGAAACACUUUCCGAAAUUGCUAAAUUGUUAAGUACCUUGGAGAAGCACAUGGAAACAACAGCCUGCCCAGUACACCAGACCAGCUCUUGCCCAAUAUAUCGAUAAGGCCACUUAUGUCUGUGCACCCUGGUCAGUACAUCUGUGAGUCGCCAGAAUGAAAACACCCUGAUCAAAUCCUAUCAUGGAGGUUCAACCUGCCACAAAAAGUUGCUGUAGAACCUCUAGUUUGGUCAGGAACAGUUAUUAAUCAGAUUAAUAACCAGACAUACAUGUGUAAUAGCUGGGGAAAGAGAGAGAGGCCCAUAGAGUGAGGCUGAGGCAAUGAGCAGAAGACCCUGAGAGCUCAUUGCGCUCAACCACAAACUUGCAGAGCCACAGUUUUUCCGAAUUGUAAGCUAGUUAAACUUCCUGCAUUAUUAUAUGACACUCGAACUCCAAAGUCGAGAUUAAGGUGCUUUUAAAAGAACCUGUGUAUGACAUGUACGGUAUGCUCACCAUUUAAGCAUAUGCAAACAGCAAUACGGGACUGUUACUGAAGGCCACAAACGCCAUCUUGAAAGAUGGGUUGUACUCAGAGCAUCCUGAGACAUGUUAGAAUCUCCAAAGAUCUCUCCUUCAGAGAAAAUGGACUGCAGACCAACUCCUUAUCUCCUGGAUCAGACACAGAACUUGAAGCCAACACAUUGGGACCUCCAAAUCCUGAUAGAGAUGUUGCUAUUGCUCAGUUUGACUUCAAUCCAAUGAACGACCAUGAUCUGCAGUUUAAAAAAGGAGACAAACUAAAGAUUAUACACGAGAAAGGAGACUGGUGGUUGGCUAAAUCUUUGGUCACUGGGGAAGAAGGAUACAUUCCCAGAACUCAUGUGGCCAAACUGGAGUCUCUGGAAAUGGAAAGGUGGUUCUUCAAAAACUUGAGCCGUAAAGAAACAGAGCGUUUGCUGUUGGCCCCAGGAAACAAAGUCGGAGCCUUUUUAAUCCGAGAAAGCGAGACAAAUAAAGGGGCCUUCUCUCUGUCUAUCAAAGACAUUGUGCCCGGGCAAGGACAUGCGGUCAAACACUACAAAAUACGUUCACUUGACGAUGGAGGAUUCUACAUCUCUCCAAAAAUCACCUUUCCAUCACUGUCGGAGCUAGUGAAGUAUUAUUCCAAAACAGCAGGUGGCCUUUGUCAGCAGCUGACCAUGCCAUGUAAAUCCAUCAUGCCCCAGUGCCCCUGGGGACAAGACAACUGGGAGAUUCCCCGUGAAUCACUGAAGAUGGUGAGGAAACUGGGCGCUGGUCAGUUCGGAGAAGUCUGGAUGGGGUUCUAUAAGAACAAGCAGAAGGUGGCCAUUAAAACUCUCAAAGAGGGCAGUAUGGAGCCUGAAGCUUUUCUGCAGGAAGCCAACCUGAUGAAGCAGCUGCAGCAUGACAAGCUGGUGCGUCUUUAUGCUGUCGUCACCAAGAUACCCAUCCUCAUUGUGACGGAGUAUAUGGAGAAAGGAAGCUUACUUGACUUUUUAAAAACGGAUGAGGGAAAUCAACUUGGACUCUCCACGCUGAUAGACAUGUCUGCACAGAUUGCUGAAGGCAUGGCCUACAUUGAAGUAAACAACUACAUCCACAGGGAUCUCCGGGCAGCAAAUGUUCUGGUCUCCGAAACACUGCACUGUAAGAUAGCAGACUUUGGUCUUGCUAGAAUCAUCGACAAUGAGUAUACGGCGCAAGAAGGGGCAAAGUUUCCCAUCAAAUGGACAGCGCCUGAAGCGAUCAACUAUGGCACAUUCAGCAUAAAAUCAGACGUCUGGUCUUUCGGCAUUCUCCUCACGGAAAUUGUGACAUAUGGCAGAGUGCCAUAUCCAGGCAUGACAAACCCAGAGGUCGUGAGGAACUUGAGCAGAAACUAUCGAAUGCCUUCUCCAGACAAGUGUCCUGUGGAGCUGUAUGAGAUCAUGCUACAAUGCUGGAGAAACACCCCAGAGGAAAGACCCACAUUUGAAUACUUACAGGAUACUCUGGAAGACUUUUUCAUUGCAACAGAGAGACAAUAUGAGUUUGAGCCAUAAUCUUCGGCGUCACGAGGCUGAAGCCCUGAAUUAAUCUGAACGAGUGAUUUGUUUAGCUCAGAAGUUCUAACCACCAUAUAUAUACAACAGGUUUGUGUUUUAAUGAAAUAUUAUUAUUGUUUUAUCUGAUUCUUCUGAUGUUUUUCCAGAGGAACAUAUAGUUUUGAAACUGAAGCGAAAAAAGUGUGUAAUUAGGUAUUACGACUGCGACCAGUUUCGACUGACAAUUUGUUCGUAAGUCGGCCCUUUAUUUCAUAUGCAUAAAUUAUCAUAUGUAUAGUAUACUGUAUAAUAAAAUUAUAUCUUCUUUAA